AGGCGCAUUACGUCACAUCAAAGCAAAUGAGCAGCAGAGGUCUGAGGUCCGCGAGUCUCCUGCGAGCGAAAACACACUUUCGUAUUGAAACGCCGAAGCUGUCGUCGACGGAGAGCGUCGUUCCAGCGCAGAUGGGCUUCGGUUAACGCGGAGGAGCCGAUUUAAAACCCGUUUUGGCGAUGACAGGCGUUUGAAUGAUUGAAGAGUCAGGCCGCAACAGCAGCGCCAUGGCGGACAGGAGACAACUGUUUGCUGAAAUGCGUGCACUGGAUCUGGACUCCAUUAGACUGUCCACAUACAGGACGGCAUGCAAGCUGAGAUUCAUACAGAAGAGGUGCAAUUUGCAUUUGGUGGAUAUCUGGAAUAUUAUUGAGGUUUUUAGAGAAAACAGACUCAACACCAUGGACCUCAGCACAGAGUUCUCUGUGUCACAUUUGCAAGCAAUACUGUCCACCAUCUUUUACCAGCUGAACAAGCGCUUGCCCACAACCCACCAGAUCAAUGUAGACCAGUCCAUCUCGUACCUCCUCAACUUCCUGUUAGCGGCCUACGACCCGGAAGGAGUGGGAAAGAUCUCAGUUUUUGUGAUGAAGAUGGCCCUGGCUGCUCUCUGCGGAGGAAAGAUUUUGGACAAACUAAGAUAUGUGUUUUCACAGAUAUCAGACCCAAACGGAGUGAUGAUAUACUCACAGUUUGACCAGUUCCUAAGAGAGGUACUGAAACUGCCCAUGACGGUUUUUGAGGGACCAUCUUUUGGCUACACUGAGCAGUCCACGAGAACCUGCUUUCCACAAGAGAAAAAGGUCUCGCUCAAUGUGUUUCUUGACACGUUCAUGUCGGAUCCUCCUCCUCAGUGUCUGGUUUGGUUACCGCUGAUGCACCGGCUGGCAAAUGUUGAGAAUGUCUUCCAUCCUGUGGAGUGCUCCUACUGCCACAGCCAGAGCAUGAUGGGAUUCCGCUACCGUUGCCAACAAUGUGAUAAUUACCAACUCUGCCAAGAGUGUUUCUGGAGGGGCCAUGCCUCGGGCAGCCAUAGCAACCAGCACCAGAUGAAGGAGUACAUGUCAUGGAAAUCUCCAGCUAAGAAGCUGUCAGAUGCUCUUAGCAAAUCUCUGAGCUGUGCCUCCGGUCGAGAGCCUCCUUACCCGAUGUUCUCCGAAACAGCAGAGAAACCGCUCAACCUCACUCACGUCGUGGACACAUGGCCUCCCAGACCUGUGACCGCUGGAAAUGAAUACAUUCUCUCUCACUCCAUGCCUUCCUCAGGAAACCCUUACUCCAGCAAAACAGGUGCUCAUGAUGAGACGAAGCAAAUGAAGCUGUUUUCCCGGACGGCCCCAGAUCUUUUGAAAGGGAAAGGGGUUCAGUACAGCCUCGAUAUCGCGGAUAGGCUCGCUGAUGAGCACAUACUUAUCGGACUUUAUGUGAAUCUCCUCCGAAAGGACCGUUCAUGUUUCCAAGAGAGCUAUAAAAACCAAGACGAUGAGCACUUCCUCAUCGCCCGUUACGCCUCCCGAUUGGCUGCUGAUGGAGCUGCAGCGAAGACCAGAGUCCCAGCGGACAUCUCUCUCUGUCUGGACUCCAAUAAACAGCAGCGACAACUUAUCGCCGAGCUGGAGAACAAGAACAAGGAGAUUUUGCAAGAGAUCCAACGCCUGAGACAACAGCAUGAAGAAGCUUCCCAGCCUCCGUUAGACAAAAGCCAACAGAACCCAACGUUACUGGCUGAACUGAGACUGCUCAGGCAGAGGAAGGAGGAGUUGGAGCAGAGGAUGUCGGCCCUUCAGGAGAGCCGUCGAGAACUCAUGGUCCAACUAGAGCAGCUCAUGCUUCUCUUAAAGGAAGAAGAGCUAAAAAGAGCCAACCAGGGCCCUGGCUCCUCCCCUCGCUCUUCCCCCAGCCACACCAUAAACACAUCCAUCCAAUCAGUGUCCGGCAAUACCACACCCAUCCCAAUGCCCGUCCAAUCGACAUCCGGCAAUACGACACCCAGUCAGACGCCUCAGGACUCGCUCAUGGGCCUGGGAGGAGAGGUCCAGCAGGCCUUCGCUCAGGGCUCCAGAAGGAACUUAAGAAAUGAUCUCCUGGUAGCUGCAGACUCCAUAACCAACACAAUGUCUUCACUGGUGAAGGAGCUUAACUCGGAGGCGGGGAGUGAAGCGGGCAGCAUCUCUGACCUCACGUUCCCAACGUCGGACGUUCUUCACUCCAGGAGCUCUUCAAGAUCAGGGGCAGCAGAUAAGCUGGAGUCUGGGGGUUUCUAUGGGCACGAUCUGGAAAAGCAGCUGAACAGAGAGCUGAAGAUGGAGGAACGACUCAGACACACGCAGGAACAGGACAAGAACGUCCUGGUGAGACCUUCUUAUAGGAGAUUUCAAAGCAAAAACGGUAACAAGAAGUGACUUUACAAGAAUAGCUACGUUUUAAUAAGCAAUGGGAGGAAGAUCGAGCGACUCUGAAGCACUGUGCAACCAGGCCUGAGCUGGAACAUACCACACUUCUGAAAAGCAUCAACAGUACUGUGGUACACAACCCAAUCUAUAAAUAUAGAAAUAUAUUUUUAGAAUCUGCAAGACGUUUUAAGACAAAACUGUGAACUGACUUUGGAAAUUACAAAUAAUGGAACUGUCUACAACACCGCCAGUGCCAUAAAUCCAGUGAUUAUGAGAUUAUUUCAUUUCCUUGCUGUUAAUGCAUUGGGUUUGGUUUAUUUCCAUGUGUGUCUGUUCAAACUUGUACUGUAUUUAAAUAUACGUUGGGUAAAGUGGGGGUGAUCUUUAAUGAAGCUGCUAUCUUUACAGACGACAUCUUUUAUUGUACUUUAAGAGCAUAACAGCUUGACCUGAUGCUCUUUUAAAGCAUAUAUAUAUAUAUAUAUAUAUAUAUAUAUAUAUAUAUAUAUACGUAGUAGAAUUAUGUUGUAAUUUGUUUCUCUUUGAGAGUGGAAGGAUUUGAGAUUUUCUCAUAGUGUUUGAUACACAAAUACACUGCCUUAGCUUAUCAUAUCCUGUUUAUUUUAAUAGAUGGAUAGGUACGUGUACUUCGUUGCAGUUUAUUUAUGUUUAAAGACGUGCAUUUUUAAUUAAUAAGAACAGUCCAGAAGCAGGUGAAUCUCAGCAGUUAUUUUUUUCCCAUUGUAAUUUCAACAUUCGCAUUUUGUAGGUUUAUUUGACUUUAUUUUUUAAAGAAUUCUCAAAAAUAAAAGUGUAAUAUGUUUUGCAUGGAGGAAAUAAGUCCUGUUUUUACUGUUUUUUAAGAACAAUGUUGUAAUGCAAUGUGCUUAUUUAAAUCGGCCUAAAUUAAAGGUUGUAGUAAAAAUACAAUUAAUUUAUUAUCAUGAUA